AAGUAAACAAGAAUAGUUGAAGACUACUGGGUGGCAUCCAGUUAGACUUGUAUGAACAGUCCUUGUUGCCCUUUAUAGGUUUGUCCUUGACUGCACUCUAAAACACGAUGGACGAAGAUUCAGACAAGGUGGACCGGAAAGCCGAACUGGACGAUAUUCUCAGUCAAAUUGCUGACCUCGACAAAUGGAGAGAGAUCUUCAACGCUCGCGGGUUGGAAUUACAACAUUGUAUCACGAGAAGGCCAGUUGAGUGUAGCCCCAGGCCCGAGGAGGAGAGCGGGGAGGAGGGAUCAGGGCGGUCUCCCUCCAGCGUCCAGCCCCCCCGCCGCCACGCCGCCCUGCUGGCCGCCCCCUACUCCAUCCCCCGGGCUCUGGCCGUGUCCCCCCGCCUCGGAGGACUUCCUGUCACACCCGAGCUGGCCGCGAACCUGAGGAAGAUAUUAUUCGGGAACACCUUUCACGUCUUCAACUACGAGUGGAAGAAGUCCUUCUUCAAGUUCCGGGAGCCGUACUCGGAUCUGUCGUACGCCCUGGAGGCAGAGCGGGGUGGAUCCCGUGCCAUUCAAAUGAUUGUCCAGGCAAAUAUCAUCAAAUACCUGCUUUUCACACGACAUCCCAACUCAGAAGUCUGCAGAAUGCAGAGUCUGAGCGAAGUUGGAGAGAAGGAUCAGGAGCGAGCUUUAGCAGCGGCGCUAACGGACAUCCUGUGGGGGGCCGGCGAGGAACGGAGCGCCAUGGUUUCCUUGGUAACGUCAGACUACUGCAUCACGCCGCACCUGGACUACAAACUGGACAACUUCACGGAGCGACUACAGCUUUUCAGUUUCAACAAGAAAGACGAUGUCAGGAAAUUCCUCCAUGAGCACAUUCAGUGUUUUAAAGAAGAGGGGAGCCAUGGAGUCAUCCUGUUUCUCUACAGCCUGAUCUUUUCAAGGACCAUCAGCAGGUUAAGAGAGGACCUGGAUGGAACCACCACCCACCUGUUGUACCUGAGCCUUGGCAACUUCGUGGGUCGUCAGGCCUUGCUGAACCUGCUCCUGACCGGCAGGGCCAGUCCCAACAUCUUUAACGGCACCCUCCAGUACGGGGAGGACGGCAGCCCGCUGGAGCAGCCCCUCCAUGGGGUGCUGGCUCGCAGCGACGUGGGGUACCUGUACUGGAGCCGUGAGGAGGUGGAGCGAGCCAAGAUGCCCCUGGUGGGCAGCAUGCUGAAGACUCCCCGCUGGCCCAUCUGGGUAUGCAGCAUCAACAGCACCUCCAGCGUCCUGUUCAGCCCCCAGCGCUCAUUGCUCUCUGACUGGAAGAUGGAGCACCUCUUCCACAUGUACUUCUACAACGGCCAGCCCUCCCAGACCACCACCACGCUGCUCACCAUCGACACCCACUCCCACCCCUGGGAGGUGGGCUCGGUCACCAGCCCUGCAGACCUGGAGAGGAGGUUCCCCUCUGUGGAGAUGCUCAUCAGGACCAAGUGGGAGGGCGCUGCCAUCGACUGGAACGGAACCGUGCCGUUCUUCUGACGCAUUCACGUCUGCUCGUGUCUAACGUUACUUUACGCUGUAUACGUCUAGUCGUGUCUAACGUUACUUCACGCUGUAUACGUCUGCUCGUGUCUAACGUUACUUUACGCUGUAUACGUCUAGUCGUGUCUAACGUUACUUUACGCUGUAUAAAUAAAGGCAAACAAAACCUAACUGUAUUUAA